CAUGAAGAAAGUUUUUAUACAAAGUAAAUUUACAACCUAUGUUUAAUGAAAUAAUAAUAAAUUCCAGGAAGAUUCGGUAAACUUUGAUUUCAAUAUUAACGGUAACACUAUUCGUACAGUCUUCGAUGUUUGACAUUACCUCAUCCUAUUACAUGUACUGAUCUAUAUUUAGACAUCGUUGUUCCCUGGUUAAAGAAUAUCAAAACACUUCAAAGUUUCAUAAAUUUAUAAGAUAUACUAGACCGUGAUUUGUCACUUUAUAAGAUAACUAUUGUUGAUAAAUAGUUCGCUCAUCUGCGUCAUACCUCUCUCUCUCUCUUUCUCUCUCAAAUUAAGUCACGAGCGGUAAUGUCUCAACUCCGCCUUCUACGAUCUGAUUGGACAAAGUUCAGUCAAAACAUUACGUAACAACUUUUCUGGAGUAUAAAUGCCUAUUAAACGCUUCAAUGUACUUUGCUGUAUCAAAUCCAAUAAAUGAGUUGCAUAGCAUUAUUGUCUACAACGUGUUUUCGAUUCAACAAACGCACGUGGUUUUUGCCUGUUUUAUACACAAUAUUUAAUUGCUUGCCGGAAUAUUUGUACAUCUUGAUUUUUACUUUAGAAGCGUCAAGACAAUCAUGAGGCGCGUUUUCCUUAUGAGUUUUCUCUGUGUUUCUGGAUUUACAACGAUAAAAGAAACCAAAGGAACUAAUCAAACCGAUAUAUAUCAUCCUGAUAUGCCAGAGCAACAUGUUAAAAACCCGUUACUCUUACCAUCAGUUCCAGUUGGAUGGGAUACGAAAGACUACAAAAUGAAUUUUCGUGAAUCUUUGAACUUCAAACUCCGAAGAGCACCUAUUCCUACUAUUGGUUCUCCUUGGCCAAAACCUCAGAAAUAUUUGAUCAACGACUCCACAAAGUUAUUUCGUCUUCAAAGAGACAAACUGGGUCUGAGGAUAACAAGAUUAGAUGAUUGUCAAACAUUGCAGGACGCAGUCCAAAGAUACCUAGACUAUAUAUUUACAUGUUUUAAUGACAAUUAUGAAAAUAAUCUUCGAAAUGUUUUUGACGAAGAUUUAAGGAAAAAAAUGUUAUUAUCACCAGAACUGUCUGUGCGAGAAACAAUAUUAAUAACUUCACUGAUCAUUCAUUUAAAGUCCUGUUCAUAUUGGCCCGAUCUUGCAUCCAAGGAAUCAUAUCAGUUAACGGUCAACACUGACGGUAUUCACAUCGUUGCUGAAGAUGUAUGGGGCGCUCUGAGGGGUCUAGAAACCUUGAGCCAGCUUGUUUUCUGUAGUCGAAAUACGGUAUUGAUACGGGAUACCAAAAUCGAAGACUUUCCACGAUUUAUUCACAGAGGAAUUUUAGUUGAUACUGCAAGACAUUACAUUAAAAAAGAAACCAUAUUUCAAAUAAUGAGAGGAAUGGAGAUGAACAAACUGAAUGUCUUUCAUUGGCAUAUGACAGAUGACCAGUCCUUUCCUUUUCAAAGUAAAUAUUUUCCUGAGCUUAGUGAAAAGGGCGCCUUUCAUCCUACUCUAGUAUACACACAUACCGACGUAAAGGAUAUCAUAGAAUAUGGAAGGCAAAGAGGAAUUCGAGUCAUUCCAGAAUUUGAUGUUCCAGCUCAUGUCCUGUCUUGGAGUUUUGGUAAACCUGAACUCUUGACUCGGUGUUACGGUAGCGGUAAAGUAAUACCCGGUUUACUGGGGCCAUUGAAUCCGGCGAGAAACAGCACCUACUCACUCUUACAAGAAUUGUAUAGAGAAAUCCUAAACCUAUUUCAAGACCAAUUAGUUCAUAUAGGCGGUGAUGAAGUUCCGUUCGAAUGCUGGAAAUCAAAUGAUGAAGUAGCAAUGUUUGCGAAAGAACUUGGCAAAAUAAAGAACCGUUCCGAUAUGAAGGAUGUUCUAAAAUAUUUCACAAAAAGAUUUGUAUCGGGUAUAGAAGAGGAAGUAUUGAAGAGCAAGAGAAAACGUCGUUUGAUGGUUUGGGAAGAAUCUUUCAGAAGCAAUUUACCACUUCCAAAAAACACAGUUGUGCAGCUAUGGUUCAGUGGACCUGAGUACGUUCCCAAGGUGGCGCAAAGAAAUUUUUCGGUCAUCUUCUCCAGUUGCUGGUACAUUGACCAAGUUAAACCGGGUUCGUGGUGGCAUGCAUUCUAUAACUGUGACCCAGAAGGUCCAAAACAAUUGCCGAAUGUGUUAGGUGGAGAAGUGUGUGCUUGGGGGGAACACAUAGCCAACGAAGAUGUUUUAGUUAAGAUGUGGCCUCUUACGUCCGCUGCAGCUGAACGACUAUGGAGUGAAAAGAAUGUUAGAAAUAUAGAGGAAGCAGCCCCGCGCCUUGAAGAACACCGAUGCAGAAUGCUUAGGCGAAAUAUUCCAGUGGGAAGUGCAAGUGGUCCGGGAUUCUGUAUAACUGAAGGAUAUUCCGAUGAGAAGAAACCCAGACAUCAAGUUCUAAGUGAAGAAAUUUUUAGGUAUAUGCCAUUGAUCUCACCCGUCAACGAAAAGUAUUUGGUCAAUCUCACAACUCUGAUUUUCUGUAUUGGACUGCUUGGAUUUAUAGUAUUAUUUAAAAAAUCACGACGUGCUUUACUUGACCAUAAGCCAUGACAAGAAAUCUUUUCAGACGACGUUUUGUUUGUCUUUGUUUUUGCGUUUUGUUUUGUUUUAUGUUUUGUCACGAUUUUGUAUAUCAGCAAUGCACACUGCCUCCCUGUGAUCAAAUAAACGUCAAUCCGACAUUGUGUUUACUCAAUUUUAUCUUGCUAAAUGAAUAAUACAGUCAUUUUUGUUUUUCUUA